AUGCAUCAUUAUGUUUCAGAGGUUUUCAUGGAUCGACUCAGUGAGUUGCCGGACUCGAUAAUAUUUCACAUAUUUUGGUUGUUGCCUAUUACCAAUGUUGUUAGGACAACAAUUCUAUCGAAGCGCUGGGAAAACCUUUGGACCUCCACACCCUACCUUAAUUUAUACCAUGAUUGGGAGGUUGUUGGCGUCUAUGAAGAUGAAUCUAUCCAAGAGCAUCGAAACUUCCUUAAUCGGGCCUUAUUGUGCUGGAAUGGGGUAAGGCUUCUGAAAUUCAAGUUUGAUUCGGAGAAUGAGCCUUAUCUUUCAAUAUAUACGGAUAUUGAUUUGUGGGUGGGUUUUGCCAAGCAUAAUCGAGCAGAAGAAUUAUACUUACAUAUACAGCAAUUUGAUACCUAUGUUUGUAAUUGUGAUGAGCUUAAUGACGCCAUAUACUUGGUGCCGCAGUGUCUCUAUUCGUGCUCAUCGCUUAAAGUGCUAUCGAUCAAGAGUUGUUACUUCAGAAUUAAGGGGAGUGUGCAGUGGAAUCAUCUCAAGAGUUUAACAAUAAUUGAUGGUUAUGGGGUAAAUGGAGAUGUGGUUAAUCAAAUAUUGUGUGGUAGCCCUCAGUUGGAAGUCUUAAUCAUGCCUGUUGUAGAAAGUGGUAAAAGCUUGUGUAUCCGAUCUACUAGUUUGAAAGAGCUUUCGAUUAACAAGCAUAUAGAUGAUAAAUCUACUUCUAAGACGGAGCUGAGAAUUUGGACUCCAAAUCUUGAAACCUUAGAAACUGAUGGUCUUGCAUAUAGUACGUGUUUAUUGAUGAAUGUCUCAUCUUUAAACUGUGCAACUUUUGGGUAUUCUGAUCUGCAUCGUUCUAAUGAAAAAUAUUGUGACGGCUGUUCCGGUGGGGUCGAUGGCUACUCAUCCACAAACCAUUUUCUAGGAGAUUUAUUUGGUCAGACUCUUCCAAGCAUCCAGCACGUUGAAAACGUCACAUUGUUGCCCUGUUGCCUCAAGGUGCUUGGAGCUAUGAUAGAGGGAUGCAUGAAUUCAUCUUCUCCUAAUGUCAAGCUCUUACAGUUCAGAUUUUAUUACACUAACGUUGAUGGUGUAUUUGAGAUUUUCCCUCUAUCAAAGAAGUUAGUAGUUAAAGUUACAGAAAGUGGCAUAUCCAAAGAUGCACAGGGCACCGAUCCUAACAUCUACCUCGAGUUUGAAGUAAAUCUUCCUACGUCGUUUGUGCUGCAGUUGAGAACAGUUGAGGUUAUUCUGGUUGGAGAGGGUGAUAACAUAUUUCCAUUUCUCGAGUUUCUGUUGAGAAAUGCAAGCAAGCUAGAAAAGAUUGUGUUCCGAGUGAAAGGAUUCACGCGACUUUCACGCCCAUCAGAGUCUUUGCUUCGUGCAUCACAGAGGCUGCUAAAGAUGCCAAGAUCGUCGCGAACUGCACAUUUCACUUUCUAUGCACAUUUCACUCCUUACUGCUGUGGAUGA